AUGGGGUUCGUGAAUCCGUUCAGGAAUAGCGACAUCGCAACGUAUCCAGGGGUCCUGAUUCCUCUGUCGCGUUCCCAGCCAGUAGAAGACCCGAAACCCGAAGCCGGAGAUGUUAACCCGGAAGAUGCACCAGAAAAAGGCUUUGCAUCCUGGACGUUAGGUGACCAACACAGCUCUUCUCUGACUUUGGAAGACCUUAGGGCUGAGGUGGAGAAUGAUAUUGUGAUAUCCGGCUAUGAUACCGCAUAUGACCGUAAAUCAAAAGUCAUUAACUUCGCUAUUCAGCAUAUCGGAAUGGGCAAAUAUCAAUGGCAGUUGUUUGUUCUUUGUGGUUUUGGCUGGUUAGCCGAUAAUAUCUGGAUACAAGGAGUUGCUUUGACCCUGCCACAGCUUUCCGUAGAAUUUGGUGUCGAUGACUCUACUGUCCGAUUUACCACCUGUUCGUUGUUUGUCGGCCUCUGCGUUGGCGCCAUAUUCUGGGGAACUGCUUCGGAUGUAAUCGGUCGACGUCUUGCGUUUAACCUGACCCUUCUCCUAACUAGUGUUUUCGGCCUCGCUGCAGCUGGCGGGCCGACCUGGGUUGGUGUCAGUGCCCUGUUUGCAUGCCUGGGUGUGGGAGUGGGCGGAAAUCUGCCGGUGGACGGUGCAUUGUUUUUGGAAUUCUUGCCAUUUGCAUCAGGAAAUCUGCUGACGAUGUUGAGUAUUUGGUGGCCUCUUGGUACACUUGUUGGAAGCAUGGUCGCAUGGGGUUUAAUUCCGAAUUUCUCCUGCAGUGCAGACGAGCUCAGUUGUACGAAGGAAAAGAACAUGGGAUGGCGCUACCUUGUUAUUACACUGGGAGGCCUGACCUUGGUCAUGUUCAUGUGUCGUUUCUUCCUGUUCCAUCUCUACGAAUCACCCAAGUUCCUUCUCUCCCGCGGUCGUCAGGAAGAAGCAGUGUCUGUGGUACAUGCUGUCGCAUAUACAAAUGGAUCCAGCACUUGGUUGACUAACGAGAUCCUUAAUGAAAUCGGCGGCUAUCCGGAAGAAAUUUCACCUGAUCAGCAGAAGCUGUCGAACUUAGAAAUUGUCAAAAGGCAACUUUCCAAGUUCUCUACACAGCGUAUCGCGCCUCUUUUCGCUACCAAGAAGCUUGGGUUUACAACUGUUCUCUUGUGGUUCUGCUGGGCCACGAUUGGCAUGGGAUACCCUCUCUUCAACUCCUUUCUACCUCAAUACCUUGGAAACAAUGGAAAGACCCCCGUUUCAAUUGUCUACCGAAACUACGCCAUAACUUCUAUUAUAGGUGUUCCCGGCUCAAUCCUUGCCUGCUUCACCGUUGACAUCCCCUAUAUAGGCCGCAAGGGCACCAUGGCCAUCUCCACCGCACUCACCGCUGUAACGCUCUUCUGUUUUACCAUAUCCUCAAACCCAGAUGUCCAGCUCGCCUGUUCUUGCCUAGAAGCCUUCUUCCAGAAUAUUAUGUACGGCGUUCUGUAUGCAUAUACACCGGAAGUCUUCCCCGCUCCUAACCGUGGAGCUGGCACGGGUAUUGCUAGCUGUCUAAACCGGAUUUGCGGGCUGUUAGCUCCCAUUGUUGCUAUAUAUAGUAGCAGUGCAAAUCCCAAGGCACCCAUUUACGCAUCUGGUGGACUUAUGUUUGCUGCAUUUGUGGUGAUGGUUUUGUUACCAAUUGAGACGAGGGGGAGGGCUAGUUUGUAA